UAUAACGCCGGCUUUUGGCCUUGUGGGGAGGUGUAGCAGGUCGGUAGAGGGAGACUGUGUUGGCGGAAGAGGCUCGGCGGCUGAUGGCGGCUCAGGCUCGGAAGCCUCUCUAACAUUCCCCUCUGCUCGGGAGUUCCUCACUCGAUUCACAAUGACAUCCUUUCAAGAAGUUCCACUGCAGACUUCCAACUUUGCCCAUGUCAUCUUUCAAAAUGUGGCCAAGAGCUAUCUUCCUAAUGCACACCUAGAAUGUCAUUAUACCUUAACUCCAUAUAUCCAUCCCCAUCCAAAAGAUUGGGUUGGUAUAUUCAAGGUUGGAUGGAGUACUGCUCGUGAUUAUUACACGUUUUUAUGGUCCCCUGUGCCUGAACAUUAUGUAGAAGGAUCAACAGUCAAUUGUGUGUUAGCAUUUCAAGGAUAUUACCUUCCAAAUGAUGAUGGAGAAUUUUAUCAGUUCUGUUAUGUUACCCAUAAGGGUGAAAUUCGUGGAGCAAGUACACCUUUUCAGUUUCGAGCUUCUUCUCCAGUUGAAGAGUUGCUUACUAUGGAAGAUGAAGGAAAUUCUGACAUGUUGGUGGUGACCACAAAAGCUGGCCUUCUUGAGUUGAAAAUUGAGAAAACCAUGAAAGAAAAAGAAGAACUGUUAAAGUUAAUUGCUGUUCUGGAAAAAGAAACAACACAACUUCGAGAACAAGUUGGAAGAAUGGAAAGAGAACUUAACCAUGAGAAAGAAAGAUGUGACCAACUGCAAGUAGAGCAAAAGGUUCUUUUUGAAGUCUCACAAAGUUUAAAAAUGGAAAAUGAAGAAUUUAAGAAGAGAUACAAUGAUGCUACAUCCAAAGCCCUCCAGCUUGAGGAAGAUAUUGUGUCAGUCACACAUAAAGCGAUUGAAAAAGAAACUGAAUUAGACAGUUUAAAGGACAAACUCAGAAAGGCACAAUAUGAAAGAGAACAGCUUGAAUGUCAAUUGAAGACAGAAAAGGAUGAGAAGGAACUUUAUAAGGUACAUUUGAAGAAUACAGAAAUAGAAAAUACCAAGCUUGUGUCAGAGGUCCAGACUUUAAAGAAUUUAGAUGGGAACAAAGAAAACAUGAUUACUCAUUUCAAAGAAGAGAUUAGCAGACUGCAGUUCUGUUUGGCUGAAAAGGAGAAUCUACAAAGGGCUUUCUUGCUUACAACCUCAACUAAGGAAGAUACAGUUUUCUUCAAGGAGCAACUUCGUAAAGCAGAGGAACAGGUUCAGGCAACUCGGCAAGAAGCUGUCUUUCUGGCUAAAGAACUUAGCGAUGCUGUAAAUGUGCGGGAUAAGACGAUGGCAGAUCUGCACACUGCACGCUUGGAAAAUGAGAGAGUGAAAAAGCAGUUAGCUGAUGCAGUGGCAGAGCUUAAACUAAGUGCUGUGAGAAAAGACCAGGAAAAGACUGAUACACUGGAACACGAACUGAGAAGAGAAGUUGAAGAUCUGAAACUGCGUCUUCAGAUGGCAGCAGAUCAUUAUAAAGAAAAAUUCAAGGAAUGCCAGAGGCUCCAAAAACAAAUAAACAAACUUUCAGACCAAUCAGCUAAUAACAAUAGUGUCUUCACAAAGAAAAUUGGGAGUCAGCAGAAAGUGAAUGAUGCCUCAAUAAACACAGACCCAGCUACUACUGCCUCUACUCUUGAUGUAAAGCCACCACCUUCUACAGCUGAGGUAGAUUUUGACAAUCUAACUAAGGGACAAGUCUCUGAAAUGACCAAAGAAAUUGCUGCAGAAAAGUAUAAUAAAUGUAAACAACUCUUGCAGGAUGAGAAAACAAAAUGCAAUAAAUAUGCUGAUGAACUUGCAAAAAUGGAGCUGAAAUGGAAAGAACAAGUGAAAAUUGCUGAAAAUGUGAAACUAGAACUAGCUGAAGUAGAAGAGAAUUACAAACUUCAAUUGGCAGAGAAGGACAAAGAGAUAAAUGGUCUAACUUCAUAUUUGGAAAACCUCUCCAGGGAGAAGGAACUUAAAAGGAGUAUAGAAAAUCAAGCAGAAAGGAAAUUGGAGGGUCAGAAUUCCCAGAGUCCUCAGCAGAUCUCACAGUGUUUCAACACCAGCUCAGAGCAAAAUGGUCAUGUUCCUGCAGUGCCAAAUACACAACCAGUUCUGCAGUUUGGUAAUCCUUAUGCAACACAGGAAACAAGAGAUGGAGCAGAUGGUGCUUUUUACCCAGAUGAAAUCCAAAGGCCACCUGUGAGAGUACCCUCUUGGGGACUGGAAGAUAAUGUUGUCUGCAGCCAGCCUGCUCGAAACCUAAGUCGACCUGAUGGUUUAGAAGACCCUGAGGAUAGUAAAGAAGACGAGAACGUGCCCCCUGCUCCUGAUCCUCCAAGUCAGCAUUUACGUGGGCACGGAACAGGCUUUUGCUUUGAUCCCAGCUUUGAUGUUCAGAAGAAAUGUCCACUCUGUGAAUUAAUGUUCCCUCCCAACUAUGAUCAGAGCAAAUUUGAAGAACAUGUUGAAAGUCACUGGAAGGUGUGCCCAAUGUGCAGCGAGCAGUUCCCUCCUGACUAUGACCAGCAGGGGUUUGAAAGGAGAAGAAUUCAUGUAUCAUCAUUGGAAUCCUUUAAAAGGUUUGAGCCUAGGGCAAAACAGUAUUGGCCAGUCAGAUAUCAGGACAUGGCAGACCUGGGAUGCAACAGUAAUGAAGACUCCAUGUUUUAAGCUUCUGGAUAGGUUAUAGGCUAAGCAGAAUAUAUUCAGGUAAAAUAGUUCAAUGAUAUGAACAUUUUUGUUGCAUCAGUUAAUAAUUAUGGACCAUGCUAACCUAAAAGUAAAGUAUCCUUUGAAUAUUACAGUGCUACUACCAGUGAAAUGAAAUUGUUCAUCAUACUGACCUAGGCAAAACAUUGAUGAAAUCUACAUGUGUCUGUCAGCUGAAUACUGCACCCCCCCCCCCCACACCGCCCAAAAAAGGCAGCCUUAGAACAAGGUACUGAAUGGAUAUAUUCAUUUCUGUGGCAAACUUGAUACUGGUCUUUAUAAUGGAUGCUAAUGAAAAUAAAGAGCCAUGUUUAUUUUG